AUGACACUAAACAUAGGAGCUAACCUAAGAAUUCACAGGCUAGGAUUAUGCAUAACCAUCAUCUUCCUGAUUCUCCUGUACCUCUAUGCGAUCCGUCAAUCAUCGUACCUUGCGUCAAAGUCCAGCACUCCGUUUGUCUCUCUGAAAUUGUUGUUAGCCGGUGCUGUCAAAGCCGCUGAGAUUGGGGGUACCGAGGUGGUUGGGGUCCAUGAGAAGUCGAAGCUCGGGAUUGAGAGCAAGGGAAAGACCAAGGAGGGAAUCGAUGAUCCGGUGACACUGGCGGACUACAGGUCCCACUGUGCCAUGUACAAUUAUUUAUCCACCACGUUUCCCUCGGUUACGGUUAUUUCCGAGGAGAGAAGCAAGGAUUGCGAUGAAGUUGUCAUGCCCAGGGGCACCGAGGGCUCGACGAUUUUUGAGCAAGUGGACUCCGGCUGGGACGUCGCUGUUGAUCCAGAGCAUGUGACUGUCUGGAUCGAUCCUCUGGACGCUACCAAAGAAUAUACAGAAAGUUUGUUGGAGUAUGUGACUACAAUGGUUUGCAUCGCUGUGAGAGGUGUUCCAGUUAUAGGAAUUAUCCAUAAACCCUUCAUGCCCAAGCAAACGUACUGGGCUUGGACCUUCCAUGGGUCUUCCAAGAAUUUACAAAAUUUCUCUACUAAAAAAGUCCCGAGGGAUCCUAUCUUAAUAGUCUCAAGAUCCCACGCUGGAAAAGUCCACAAUGCUUCCAAAACAGCGCUAGGCGAUAACGUGAGAAUAAUUUCUGCUGCUGGUGCUGGAUAUAAAUUUCUAGAAGUUGCAGUUGGCAAUGCCACUGCGUACGUUCACAUGACAGCUAUCAAGAAGUGGGAUGUGUGUGCUGGAACAGCCAUUAUCAAGGCACUUGGAGGUACUGUAUCAUCACUAUCAGGAGAUACUCAACUAGAUUUCGGGACUACUGACUCAAUGGUCCUCGAAGAUGGUCUUCUGGCAACAAUGAGAAGUCACAAGUGGUAUCUGGAUAAAUUCAACAACGUUUGAAAUUUUCACGGGUAAUAACUGAGGAAGGAGAGCAUUAAGAAAGUUUCUUCCCGAAAACAUAAUUCAAUGUUCUAUAUUAUUAUGAAAUUCUCAUCCCUUUAUUAACGGGUACAUCGAGUAGCAAAUUGUAGAACAAUAAAAUUGAAAAAAGGACAGGA